AUGGGCUCGAGCAAAGAAGACAUCCGCGAAAAGCCUACUGCAGGGGAUGAGCUUGCUGCAGUCCUGCCAGCUGGCGAUCGUCCCUGGUAUCGACAAGGCCAUCUCCUGCGCCUCAACCUCAUUAUUCUCUCUCUGGUUAUGUUCUCCUCUGCCAACGGAUUUGACGGAUCCCUCAUGAACGGUCUUGAGGCUCUGGAUCAGUGGAAGAGCUUCAUGAACAAUCCCACCGGUGCCAAGCUGGGGUGGCUGAAUGCCAUCUACUGGCUGGGCUGUGGUGUCGGAUACCCGACGGCCUCGUGGAUUGCCAACAAGUACGGACGCAAGCCCGGCGUGUACGUGGGGUAUGUCUUUCUCGCUCUCGGCACUGCGUUGCAGACGGCCGCCCCCAACCCCGUGGCUUUCAUGCUGGCUCGGCUGUUCCUGGGCUUCGCCUCGGCGAUGUUUGGCAACUCGGUCCCCUUGCUGAUCAAUGAGAUCGCCUACCCGACGCACCGUGGCAUCCUCAACUCGUUGUUCAUGUCCGGAUGGUACGUCGGUGGCACGGUCGCCGCAUGGGUCGUCUUCGCCUCGCGCACCUACCCCUCCUCGUGGUCCUGGCGGCUGCCCUCGGUCCUGCAGGCCCUGGUGCCCGUGGUCGGCCUGCCGGGGUUCCUCUGGGCGCCCGAGAGCCCACGCUGGCUGUUGUCCGUGGGUCGCGACGAGGAGGCCCGCAAGAUCCUGGCCCAGUACCAUGCGGCAGGGGACGACUCCUCCCCGCUCGUGAAGUACGAGUUCGAAACCAUCCGAGCCACCAUCCGCGCGGAACAGGAAGCCCACAGCAGCGGCAGCUACGCGGAGAUGGUGCAAACGCCGGGGAACCGGUGGCGGCUGAUGAUCUCCGUCAGCUUGGGGUUCUUCGCGCAGUGGUCCGGCAACGGCGUGGUCUCGUACUAUCUGUCGUUGAUUCUGACCUCGGUGGGCGUGACCCGCGUGCGCGACCAGACGCUGAUCUCGGCGUGUCUGCAGAUGUGGGACCUGGGCUGCGCCGCGCUGGGCGCGUACCUGAUCGACCGACUGGGUCGCCGACCGCUGUUCCUGGCCUCGGCGGGCAUCAUGCUGGUCAGCUAUGUGCUGGUGACUGCGCUGUCGGGCUCGUUCAAGUCGACCGGGGACUCCGCGACGGGCGCCGCCGUCAUUCCGUUUUUGUUUGUGUUCUUCGCGGGCUACUGCAUUGCCUUAACCCCCUUUCUGACCGCCUACCCCUGCGAGAUCUGGCCGUACCGCCUCCGCUCCCGCGGCCUGACGGUGACGUGGUGCGCCACCAUCGUGGCCAUGUUCUUCAAUACCUUCGUCAACCCCAUUGCGCUGGAUGCGAUCGAGUGGCGCUACUAUAUUGUGUUCAUCGCGGUGCUGGUGGUGUUCGGCGUCACGGCGUAUUUCUGGUACCCGGAGACCAAGGGGUAUUCGCUGGAGGAGAUCGCGGUGAUUUUCGACGGGCCGGGGGCGGGGAAGGGCGAAGAGGUUGUGCAUGCGGAGGAUGUUUAG